AUGGCAAAGAAGAAUUGUUCACUGUGGUUGAUAUGUGCAGUAAUAUUGCUACUGAUUACUCAAGGCUAUUUUAUGACAAAGGUUCUAAGCCCCAAGAUUCCUAACCUUAACCGAGACAGUUCAACAUUUUUAACCACAACUUUGGAUACAUUCAUCUUCAAGAAAGCCUACAUAGAUGUUGAUCACAAUUCAGCUCAAGAAGAUAAAAGAGACGAAUCACUAGACUCUUAUAAACCACAUGCUGAUAAACCUGUAGCUGUGAACGAAGCAGGUAGAAACAACUUGGAAAAAGUGGUCGAUGGAUUACCGCAGAAAAGAACAGCUUUACAACACCACCCAGCUCAGGAAAAUGAACCUGUGGUUGUAGACGGAGUAAAUAAAAACAACUUGGAAAAAGUGGCUACAUUAUCACAGAAAAAAGUAGCUUUACGACACCACCCAGCUCAGGAAAAAGAUACUUAUAAACCUGUGGACGGAGCAAGUAAAAGCAACUUGGAAAAAGUGGUCCAUAGAUUGCCGCAGAAAAAAGUUGCUUUACCGCACCACUCAGCUCAGGAAAACGAAAUAUUAGAUGCUUAUAAACCUGUGGCUGUGGACGGAGCAAGUAAAAGCAACUUGGUCCAUGGAUUAUUGCAGAAACAGAAAAAAGCAGCUUUACAACACCACCACUUGAAGAGACGUCACUUUAAUUUAUCGUUGUUAUUUGCUAAGUAUCUAGCUGAUAAUGAUCCUGGACCCUUAGUAGAAACAGAUGACACACUGACUCCACGACCUUUAACUGCUAACGAACAAGCUGGUAACAACAUAUUGUUUACGUUGAGGACCACAAUGAAGUACCAUGAGCAAAGACUGCCAGUUUUGUUUGAUACUUGGCUCACUACAGUCAACACCAGUAACGUAUUUCUGGUCACAGAUGGAGGAGAUACGAAAUGGAAAGGGAGAGCUGGACUCAAGUACAUCGAUGUUCCUUGCCAUGCAUCAUAUCAAAGAAAUGACCUUUGCUGCAAGGCUGGCACUGAGCUGUCCCUGAUGUUCAGAGAUGAGAACCUCCAUUAUGAUUGGUUAUGCCAUGUUGAUGACGAUAUUUACGUACUGUUGAGGUCUUUAGUUGAGCAGCUGUCAAAGUUCCGACCAAGAGAAGAACCAAUUUACUUUGGACGCUCUGGAUCAGCUUGGACUAUACCCAGAGCUGUGAUACACGGGGCAAAGUACGGGAAGCCUGGACAAAAGUAUCACUUUGCUGUUGGUGGGAUGUAUUGUCUAAGUAGAGCCAUGCUGGAGCUCGCCAAGCCUUAUCUAGUAGGUGGGCAAGAGUUUGCAAACUCUUGCAGCAAUACUCUAGAGCCAGAAGAUGUGACUGUGGGCGUAGUGGUAGGAGUGUUGCUGAAUCAGAAUUUGUCAAGAACGGAGAUGAUCUACACCCACGGACUAGGACUAUGGGAUGCGACAAAGAGGUUACAAAAGGAGCUGGACGAAAAGAUUGCUUAUGCUUAUGGCUGGGGUGCAAUUAAUUGGGGUGCGCCCGGAACAUUCAACCAUAUCGCUGUGCCUCAGGCCCUCUACUCUGAACAAGAAGACAAAACACAAUUUUACUCUCUACACUGCUUUCUCUACCCAUCACUGCCCCGCUGUACCAAAAAAGCACGAGAUAACUAUAUUAAACGACGAAAAAAACCAAAAUAAUUCUGCUUUUAUAAUUUUGUGCUUAUUUUCCAACCAAUAAUUAUAUCAUUUAUUCUUAAAUUGAA